UUCGCAUUGGCAAGGCUUGUGAAACAACAGGUAUCUUGCAGCGCCAAAGUAUGACUAGCCUGGAAGAAGUGUUUGAGAUAGUGUGUUCUCGUGCUUUCGUAGUGUAGUGAAGUGAUGCUGCAUUGAAGCUUCGUAUUCGGGUUUAUCGAGGCCCCAAGAUUGUUACCGUCUCUUAUCUUUUCUUCAUACCUGGGGAAAAAAGAAAAGAAAGACUUGUUCGACCUUGUGGUAUACUUCGAUUGAAAGAAAGCCACCAUUCCGGUUCUGGUAUGACACUGUAAGAAGAACGCGUCCGGCCUAUAUCGAUGAGUGACAACGACGAGCGAGCGCCGAACGACGGGUAGCUUACUACGCUUUCGUGGACUUGCGGCACGAUGAGAUUGUAAGAGAAGCCGAUACCCAUUCAUCGACCGAAACCAGACACACACUGCAGAGAAGAAUGCAAAUUCAGCGGACCAGAUAGGCGCAAUGGAACGUUCUAGGAGGUCCCUUUGUUUACACGCACAAUAGGGUACCUGUUGUGAGCGAUGACCUGAGUGAGGCUUAGGCGUCAUCGGCGUGUGCCGGACAGACGCCAUGCCUGCCCGGAAGGGCCUCCUUGCGCCCCAAAACACCUUCCUCGACACCAUCGCCACACGCUUCGAUGGAACUCACAGCAACUUUGUGCUGGGCAAUGCACAGGUGCCGGCGCUGUUCCCCAUCGUGUACUGCUCGGACGGGUUCUGCGAGCUGACGGGCUAUCCCAGGGCACAGAUCAUGCAGAAAGGAUGCGCGUGCGCAUUCCUCUAUGGGCCAGAGACUAAAGAGGAUGCCAUUCGAGAGAUCGACGGUGCCCUCGAGAACAAGACAGAACUCAAGCUCGAAGUGAUCUUCUACAAGAAGAAUGGGAGUCCUUUCUGGUGCCUGCUCGACAUUGUGCCCAUCAAGAACGAGAAACAUGAAGUGGUGCUGUUCCUCGCUUCGCACAAGGACAUCACAAAGUCCAAGAUGGCGGAGAUUGAGACGGAUGAAGCAGAUGAGACGGCUGAACUCGAUGCGAAUGGCAAUGUGGACCUGGAAGGCUGUGUUCCCAACACCAACUACCAACGCCGUCGCAGUCGCGCGGUGCUCUACCAACUCUCUGGCCAUUACAGGCACGAGAAGAAGAUGUCCAAGCUCAAGCUCAACAAUAACCUGUUGCACUCUACUGCCCUUCCUGAGUACAAGACAGCAGCGAUCAAGAAGUCUCGUUUCAUCCUCUCCCACUACGGGGCCUUCAAGACCUGCUGGGAUUGGCUCAUCCUCAUCGCUACGGUGUACGUCGCCGUCGUCGUGCCUUACACAGCCUGCUUCGGAGAGCUACAGGGCCACAGUGGGAGUUCGCAGCAGUACGCCCUGACGUUUGGCACCAACGACAGCAGCGACCCGAAUGGCACCAUAGCCUGGACCUACGGCCACGGAUCCCUUCCAGAGCCGCAGAGUGACUCCAACAGGACAAUCAUCUCUGACGUAAUCGUGGAGGCCAUGUUCAUCAUUGACAUUGGUCUCAACUUCCGCACAACGUAUGUGAACAAGAAAGGCGAAGUGGUAGCCAAGCCCAAGUCCGUGGCCGUCAAUUAUCUCCGAGGAUGGUUCAUCGUCGACCUUCUGGCUGCGCUACCGUUCGACCUUCUCAACGCAGCUGGGCUCUACAGCAGGGACAAUCAAAUGUACCUGCACCUCCUGAAGCUGACACGACUUCUCCGGUUAGCGCGGCUCCUUCAAAAGAUGGACCGCUACUCCCAGUACAGCGUGGUUGUCCUCACUCUUCUCAUGCUUGUGUUUACACUCUUGUCUCAUUGGCUCGCCUGCAUCUGGUUCGUCAUCGCCGUCCAGGAGAUGGAGCACUACCCGCAGAACAACAUCAGUUGGCUGCAUCAGCUAUCGGUGAAACUUCAGUACGACGUCCUCCGUCCCUUGGACAUGGCCGCGACCUACGUGACUGCAUUGUACUUCACCACCAGCUCCCUGACCAGCGUCGGCUUCGGAAACGUCGCUGCCAAUACGAACGCUGAAAAGGUUUUCUCCAUACUCACCAUGUUUAUUGGAGCCUUGAUGCAUGCCGUGGUGUUCGGCAACGUGACGGCCAUCAUCCAGCGCAUGUACGCACGUCGGUCUCUCUACCAGACCAAGCUGCGGGAUCUGAAGGACUUCUUGCGGCUCCAUCAGCUCCCCAAGCAGCUCAGGCAGCGGAUGAUGGACUUUUUCCAGACCACCUGGUCUCUCAACAACGGCAUUGAUCCGAACGAGGUGCUACGAGAGUUUCCUGACGAAUUGCUGGGCGACGUUUCGAUGCACCUGCACAAAGAGAUUCUCUCUCUGCCCAUCUUUGAACCCGCCCCUCAGGGUUGCCUCAAGCUCCUUUCUCGCCACGUGCGCUCGAACUUCUGCGCACCGGGCGAGUACUUGGUGCACAAGGGUGACGCUCUCUCGUACAUCCACCUCGUCUGCAACGGCUCCAUGGAAGUCCUGCAAGACAGCAUGGUGGUCGCCAUCCUCGGAAAAGGCGACCUGGUGGGUAGCGACAUCUCGCUGAGCAACACCGACGUGGUGAUGAAGUCUAGCAGCGACGUCAAGGCCUUGACGUACUGCGACCUCAAGUGCCUUUUCAUUCCGGGUCUGGUAGAAGUGCUCAAGUUGUAUCCAGAGUUUGCCGAAAGCUUCUGCCACGACAUCGUCCACGAUCUUACAUAUAACCUCCGUGAGGGAUACGAAAACGAAGCUGAAGAAAAUAAUGGAAUGUGUUCCCUUACGUUGCCUUCCAUAUCGGAAGACGACGAAGAAACAGGGAGCGACGAGACUGCACCAGGCUCACCCGUGUCCAAUACGCAAGACAAUGCAAAAUCCCGAGACGACAUGUGGGAGAGUUGCAAACCCCCCUUAUUGCAACCAUCACGAGUCACAGCGGAUCCCACCUUCCUUAGACGGCCUUCCAUCGCUUCCCCCUUCCGGAGUCCCACAUCGCUUGCAAUGGAAAAAUUGAGGCCAGUCGCUACAUUACCCCAACUUGGAAAACCUUUAGAGAUGUUUGAAGUGCGUGAUGAAGUGGAACUUCUGCGCACGAGCGUCGACCGCAUGGACACCCAACUCAAGGGCGUCUCACAGGACGUGUCCGGUUUAACGCACGACGUUCGAACUGCGCUUCGGCUCUUGCAUCAACUUUGUAGUCCCAGUCGAACAUCUUCCCCGACCUUGUUGAACCCAGGACCUCUUCCGACGGCAUCGCAAGCCUGCCAAACCGACUGGUCUCUCCUAGAGGACAUGUUGGCCAAAAUGGCUGACUCGGGGUCUCCGCCUCCAAACUCUGGCUAUUCCUCGGGGUCGUCCAAUGAAGAACGUGUGAGGUUCGUCAUCGGACAGCCUUCACCCAGCGCCCUCCGCGGAGGCCCGGCGUACGCCGCGAGUGAAGUGGCGUCCUCAGAAGACAGUGGUCUUCUCACGGUCUCCAGAGAUCUCAACUCCCCGUACGCCUUGUCGAACAGGUCGUGGCACGUCUCUACCGAGUUUCCGCUCUCGAACGACGUCACCGCGUCGUCGUCGCCGAGUAGACCUCUGGACAUCGCCAAGUCACCCGAACAUGUGGUAGACAUUGACGAAUCACUGCGUAGGAGAUUGUCAACGGAACUUUAGGUGGUGCUUCUUGGUGAUUUGGACUGCAGCGGAAGUUCGUUCCUGGGGAACCGCGGGGUAAAGAGCCAUAGGGUUUCUCCUCUAGUCCUUUCCUAGUAGUCACUCACAGUCACUGCGACAACUGGGCGAAGAGGAGCACAGUGCGAGCGCGCGGGAACGUCGAGAGCGCGAUUCUGCUCAAAAACGAAGGACAGAGACCCAGUCAGAGUGCAAAGUUCCCGCAGCUGACAUCCAUACCACAGACAUCCUCCGUUUGAUAUACUGUUUCCUUGGUGUCUUCUCCAGGCACGCUGCGUGAACGAUACCUACGCUGUCAUUAAUGGACCACAAUUUCUUCAUUUCGGCACAACAGCUACAGUAUUACAAUCUGCAAAUACGAGCCGAAGGGGAAAAAAAUCACGGAGAAGGUAAUAUUCAGCCAAGAAGAUCUGUAUCGCAGGGGCCUUCAUUUGCUUACGUUGUCAAGCAUGCAAGAACUUGACUCACCCUUUUAGAGUGUUAUAUGUGAAAACAUUUUGACCUUUCCACCAUUAAGUCAUUCCGUCGGAGAGAGAGGUUGCGAUGCGGGUUCUCGUGAGAUAUGUAGGUAGAUCACGAUUUCACUGUAAUUUUCUUCAUCGGCGUUCUGUGUCUGCCUUGACGCAAGUGGUUAUUUCCUAUGCUUUUUCCGAAACGCUGUGCCCUCGCUGCUGGCAUACGCCUUGGACGACCAGGAACGCUGUGUGCACUUCAUUGACUAUGACAUCGGAAAGAUUAUUGCUUACCACUGCAGUUCUACGCAUUGUUUAUUUUGCUUUCCUUGUCAUUUUUUUUUUUCAUCAAAAUUAUUGCAUAAACGGGCAAUUGUUUUUUGUUACGAUUUAUAUAUGUUGGUGCUUAUACUGCUAAAUUUUUAGUGUCCUUUUAGCUAAUUCGUUGCCCCACCGCUGAUAUUAAAUUUCGUUGACUUUUGUUAACCGCUGGUGCAACCCCGUUUAGCAACAUUGCAACAGGUUCAGAAAGCGCAACGCCGAAACUGGAUGCCAUGGGAAUGCUUUAUCUCUUGAGCUGUCUUGAUGAGCAUUACUGCACCGACCAGGCCAAAUGAGGUCUUAGGUAAAACGCUAAUUCAAUACCUCCAGUUUUUCAUCAUCCGUAUCAUUACUUAGCAUUGCAAAUCACAGUGGAAAGUCAGAAAGUCAUUUUGUACGUCACAAGACAAGGAAACUGGCUUUAUGAUUUGUUCAAUACUAGGUAAGGAUACCAUUUAUGAAAUUUUUUCCCACUGUUGUUGCUCGUAUUAGGUUAUCCUCUGUAUCCUUUCCACUAUCUUGUUUUCUUCUUUUUUUUCGACAACCAGGUAAAGAGGUCAGUCAGAAGUAUACGAGUACCAAACUACAAGUUCCUCCAGAUGUAAUUUGUCUGCAAAUUCAUUUUCCAGACUGACUGGUAUUCACUUUACCAACGUAGAAACUGCACUGGUAAGAAAAGUCAGCUGAUUCUGCAGAAGUGCAUUACCAGAAAGCGUGUGAAAAAAAAAGAAUCCAACGGACGCGUGAACAUGCUGAGCUGUAUAGGCAAAGCAAUAUUCCUCUGCUGCUUUGUAGAACACGUACUGUGUUCAACAUUACUUCAACCAAUGUCGCCAGUAUCUGAACAGCGAUGAACCAUUGGAUCAUGCGUGGUUCACUUAAAGAAUAAGCUCGUUAUACCGCAUCAUGUGGGUACACUGAGUUUUGUAUGUUUGAUAUGAGUACUGCAACAGCGUUGAGGGUCAUUACAGAGCAAUACUGCAGCUGUUUGUCUGGGAUUUUUCGAAGCAGGAACUCCUAAUAUGCAAUAGGUUGCGUUCACAUUACGGUGGACAGCGCGCGUCUGUUGUUGGGGCUGCAGUUUUAGCAUGGCUGGCUCAGUAAUCAGAGAAGCUCUCAGGUGGAGGUCUCCAACUGCAUGGUUGUCUAGGUAGCUGAAGUAUUCGCAUACUGUACUCUCUUACAAAUGAACUUGACCGCAUCGCACGCUCCUAACGAACUAACCAUCAUCCCGAAUGGCAUCGUUCUCGUUCCUGAUUUGUUGAAAACGGGUGGCGUACGCUUUUUUUUGUGUGUGUGUGUGGCAAUUAUGAACUGCAUAAUUGUCACAAAAAAGGUGUACGCCUCCCAUUUUCAACAAAUCAGGGCAGAGAGCGAUGUCAUUCGAAAUGAUGGUUGAGCAACAGCUGAAGUAACGGCCGUUCCACUAACGGCCUUAAGUUUGCCGUCGGCAUACGGUAUUACACUGGCAGCAUUUCAACGGCCGUUAAAACCAAAAACUAGCGCCGCCAAGCGUGCAAUGUGUCAACUUCUAAAAGGGCAUUGAGUCCAAUGCUGCUUGGCAGGUUGACACGAUGCACGCUUGCUGGCGCUACGCGCGUUUUUAGAGGUAGUUGGUUACAACAGUCGUUGAAGGCUGCCCGUGCAACAGGGGUAUAACAGGGGUACUAAGAAUGUGAGACUAUCUGGAAGAGUCGGGUGCAAAAACACCUGCUCUACUUUCUUUCGGUACUUUCAUUUUAGUGAUUGGUUGGAGCAACGUAGCUCUACCCAGAGGUGCUUCAGUAGGAGCGAUCCCGACAGGUAACACGUAAUCGGUGGCCUUGAUGACUAGGAAUAUUUAUUAGUACUUCUAUUUUUAUUUCAUUGCACGUGGCUAUUUCGCUUGCAUGUGUACGAACUAGAAAUGCGCCAACGCUCCGGACCACAGGACUGGAAGCGAAAAAAUAAGUACCUCACAAAAAAACGUUAUGUGACAAUAGAUGCACACUUCCUUUCUUUGUCUGCCAAGUUGAAUACUAUUGAGUACUCCACUCAAACAGUUUGCGCGCAUUCGUAGGUCAAAAUGUCCAGUCGAUGUGUCAUAAAAACGUUCAAUUCUCUUUGGACAAUAUCGUGUGACAUCCUGAAAUAAGGCUCUCUGAAGUCCUGAGCCAUACACACAGCAUAUAAUAGAAUAUGGACAGUGUUUUAUUUCGACAAACGCUCCCGCUUCCCAUUAUACUUAAAGGGGAUGCGACACAUCACUCCUAGCUAUAUGCCGGAUAAGUGCGAAAGGAAAUUAUUCGAAUCGAUAGGAACCUGAAUUCGAAGUCUCGCAGCGCAGGGGGUAGGAGACCCGUAGUUAAUCGGCACAGCGAAUACCGAAACUCAUCGGGCUGUAACGUCACUGGAAACGUCUGCUGAGACGCAGCGCGGGAGACGUCACGUGCGUACGUCUACCAAGGGGAAUUGCCCUAGACUUUCGCUGGUCUGACGUCAUAGCUUAACGUGGCGUGCGUUCGGGCUCCGUAACGAGCUCCGUGCGUUCGAGGGUUUUGUAUCUGGCCAAGUACGACACUCACUAUACAAUGUGUGCACGUCGUAACGAACUACAUAGAUGAAUGUGUCACAUCCCCUUUAUCUGCCCAAGCGACUAGGCCUAUAGACUGAUUUCGGAAGCGCUUUUGAAUACUUGUUAAGCUCAAUGACAACACGUGGUUCGGUCAUCACGUUCGCGUUUUUGAUAACGUGAGUGAUUUUGCAAGACACUGUGGCUUAUGUUUCCCAAUAUGGAUUUCUCCGUGAGUGCGUGCAAUCCAUCAAAACAUGUACCGGUCAUUUCUGAAACGCUGAACAGUGUGAAAACGGGACUACCACAAGAUGAUAGACACGCAAACACAGACAGGCAAAGUUGUUUUGGAAAUGGUAUAGGUCGUGUCCUCUUUUGCUUAGGUAUGCGUAAGUACCACCAACCUAGGUUUUUUUGUUCUUCCUUUUUUCAAAUAUAGAAAACAGACACUCCCAAUUGCAAUGAUCGACCAAGAGAGUUCUGGAAGAAUGUGCAGAUCUUACGUUACCAAUAGAUAGUAGGGAGUAUGAGUGAAUCGUUUUCACUCAAACGCUUCGCGGAACGGUUCUGCUGCCGCCCAACCAAAGGAUUCCAUUCAGAGUCACUCCCUCUUCUCAUUGGUCCUUCGCGAUACCCUUCGUGAACCGUUUCAGUGAAACUGGUUCAAUAAAACUAGCUGGUACGUUAUCCAUUUUUACUGUCCUGGCUCACAUCGAGUACUUUUCUCGCAGGAUCGACAACACAGGGCAUCACAAGAGACCCGCUCAGUCAGGUUCGCGCACAAAGUUCUUCCUGUCUUUUUGUAUAGACGCAAUGUGUGCCAGUUUCAAUUACAGUAAAUUACGUAAUUUUAAACAAAAGUCAAUAAUACUCUCUGCAGGGCAUCUUGAAUGGAACCUUCCUACUAUGAAAUCUAUAUAGCCGUACAUACCAUGAUCGCGGUUGAAACGGUGUCAUAGAUCGACGCAUUAAAGGAACGGGAAAAAAACGAAAGGUAGUAUCGAUCCCUCCACUCUACCAACUCCUCUUCAAAACAUCAUUUAGUGUUGGACUUAAGUUGGAGACCCCGCACUGGAGCUUGGGCGACUCGAAUGAACGACAAUCGAUCGGUGUACUGCGCUCUCAGGAUUCCUCCGUACACUUUCUCACCGCUAUGAUAACCACUUUCGCUUUCCUCCACCAGAUUGGCUCGUACAGGAAGUGAACUCUGUUUUUCAUCUUAUAGUAUGACAUUGGUGAGACAGGUCACUCAUAGGAGUACUCAUACAGGUGUUGGCUCUUACAAUGGGGCGUGAUGGCCGUUGUACAGUAUGCACAAUAAAGAACAUUUCCUGAA